CCGUGUUUCGCCGGCUAGUCGUCCACCGCCGAAUAGAAAAUGGCGUCCAUCCCGCGUCCUCUGUCUUUCCCCACACUGCCGUAGCCUCAGACCAGAUCUGGAGAGUAGACCAGAGAGCUCCAAGCCGCCGGCCGCCGCUCACCUCCCCCUCACCCUCACCUCGCCGGCGGCGUUCACCCGGCAGCUGCAGAGUGUAUGUGCCUAUAGACCCUGCAGCCUAGCUACCCUUCUUUCCCCAGCGCUUCCAAUGGCAGAUCCAGUUAGCUUUAGUGCUGCUGUAGGAUGGGGCAUAACCGCUGUAGGUUGGCUCGCCUCACCCAUCAUUCCCAGGCUCCUCAACAAAGGUUUCGCGCUCCUGGACUUCAACGCAGCGGAGAAGCUGAAGAUAAUUGAUAUGCAAGUUUUGCAUCCACAGCGGGUGAUGGAAGUAGUCGACGGGAACACUUACAGGGCACGUUUGGAGCCACUGUUAGAUAAGCUUAGGUCUGCUCUCUACGAAGCCGAAGACAUCUUGGAUGAUGUUGAGUAUCAGCGUCUCAAGAAGCAGAUCCAAGAUGCCAAGUCAGAAGGCAGCAUCCUUCCACGUAAGAGGGAUUUAUUGAUGAAGAAUCUUCGGUCUGCCAUGCCGAGAUCCCUCCUAAAAGAUAAGGAGAGUGGUAUGUCAAAAGUGGAAUUGAAGAAGAGCCUAGAGAAGAUAGAAAGUGCUAUAAAUGAUGCAUGUGAAGUUUUGAAACAACUGAACUUGCCAGGUGGGCGUGAUGAUGAUGGGAGGCAAGCUGUUGCUACCAAUUCACGCCGUGCAGUCACUACUGCAGCUCCUCCGAUAGGAGUAAUUGGUCGGGAUAACGAUCGUGACAAGAUAAUCGCAAUGCUUCAUGAGAAGGAAGACCAUUGUCAAGCAAAUAAUGUCAGUGAUACAUGCUAUUCUGUAAUCGGCAUCCAUGGCAUGGCUGGGUCAGGGAAAUCAACACUUGCACAGUAUGUCUAUGAUCACGAGAAAAAGCGUAGGCAAGAGAAAAAGGAGGGCCAUUUCAAUAUUGUCAUAUGGAUUCAUGUUUCUCAGAAAUUUGAUUUGGAUUCCAUUUUUAGGGAGAUGUUUGAGGGGGCUACAGGGAAAGCAUGCGAUAAAUUCAAUAGUCCUAACGUCCUGAAGGAAAAACUGGAGGAUGAACUGCGUGGGAAACAGAUUUUACUGGUACUAGAUGAUGUCUGGUACAACAGUAGGAAUUCGGGAGACCGUGAAGAGCUACAAAAGUUAAUUUCUCCUCUGAAUGUUGGAAAGGAAGGAAGCAGAAUCUUGGUGACAAGUCGAACUGAAGCUGCACUAGUAUCUCUGGGUGCUGUAAAAGAGAGAUGUAUUCCAAUAUCUGACUUGGAUGAUGAAGUGUUUCUUGAAAUGUUCAUGCAUUAUGCACUUAGGGAUGCAAGGGUAAGUGACCAUGAUAAAAGAAUACUUGAAUUGAUUGGAGAGGACAUUGCAAAAAAGCUGAAGGGCUCACCUCUAGCAGCCAGAACAGUGGGUUCACGGCUUCGUGAAACACAAACUGUUGAGUUUUGGAGAAGCCAGAAAGAUUGGGACCUUAUGAAUGACAUGAUGGGAGCUCUAUGGUGGAGUUACCAGUGUCUUGAUGAGUAGGUCAGGCGAUGCUUCGCUUACUGCAGAAUUUUCCCCAGGCGAUAUCGUUUGAAGUGUGAUGAGUUAGUUAAGUUGUGGGUGGCCGAAGGGUUUAUAAAGAUUAGUAAGCCUGAAGAGGAAAUGGAAGAUGUUGCCAAGAAUUAUUUUGAUGAACUGUUGUCGGCCUCAUUUCUGCAAUUAGGAGGGAAAGAACGGGUACAUGGACAUGAUGUUGAUUAUUUUACAAUUCAUGAUCUGCUGUGUGAUUUAGCAGAGGAGGUUGCCGGAAGAGAUUGCUUCAGGAUAGAGAAUGGCUUCACAGGAGAGGUUCCGUCGGGUGUCCGCUAUCUUUUUGCUGGGACUUGUAAUAUAGAGAUGGAAGGGGAGCCUUGGCGCAGUGGUAAAGCUGCUGCCUUGUGACCAUGAGGUCACGGGUUCAAGUCCUGGAAACAGCCUCUUACAGAAAUGUAGGGAAAGGCUGCGUACAAUAGAUCCAAAGUGGUCGGACCCUUCCCCAGACCCUGCGCAAGUGGGAGCUACAUGCACUGGGGCUGCCCAUGGACAUGAUGUUGAUUAUUUUACAAUUCAUGAUCUGCUGUGUGAUUUAGCAGAGGAGGUUGCCGGAAGAGAUUGCUUCAGGAUAGAGAAUGGCUUCACAGGAGAGGUUCCGUCGGGUGUCCGCUAUCUUUUUGCUGGGACUUGUAAUAUAGAGAUGGAAGGGGAGCCUUGGCGCAGUGGUAAAGCUGCUGCCUUGUGACCAUGAGGUCACGGGUUCAAGUCCUGGAAACAGCCUCUUACAGAAAUGUAGGGAAAGGCUGCGUACAAUAGACCCAAAGUGGUCGGACCCUUCCCCAGACCCUGCGCAAUUGGGAGCUACAUGCACUGGGGCUGCCCCCCCCCCCCCCCCCCC